AUGAUUCUGGCCUUCAUCGGCAUUAUCGCAGCCUUUGGCGCUGCCAUGCCUACUUCCCCAGCCUUCUCCACCACCGUCGAUAUUGCCAAUACCAACAUCAACCGCGAUGUCAACCCUAACCCCGACACCUUCUGGCAGGUCCGCGUCCAAACAUUCACCGAAGACCUCUGUCACGGUGCUUAUACGUUCCUUUGGCUCGACCCUAAUGUCUGCAUCGAUUUCAAUGCUGAUGUCAAGAGCUUGAGAGUUGUGGGUCAUGAUGGGCCUGUCAAAUAUAAUUCUCUCAAUGUUUACACCUCGCUCGGCUGCCAAACUGGUCCCACUGUCCAGCCUGUUUUGAGUCGCAAAUGUUACCAGAAAGGAGGAUAUCCGUCCAUCAAGUUGAGGACGUAA